GUGGCGGUGAAAGGACGCAGAGAUGGGAGAUCUCGUUCGCGAGUGAUCUCCUCCCACGGCUCUUUUUUUUUUUUUUUUUCUUAAAAUUCGAAACAAGGAACCAGUGCCACACCUGGAAGUGUCCCGGAAGGUGCCGACCGUAAAGUCUCCCGUUCGACGCCGCGAGAUUGGGUCAGCCGUGCCUGUGCGAGAGACCACAAUGGAGCAUCGACUUGACUACACUACCGCAUGACUUUGCUGGCGGGCUCACCGUGGAUGUGGCAGCCAUAAUUCUGAAAAAGGAGGAACUGUCUGCAAGAUUGAAGAGCAACUUCCCUGUGUCCGGAAAGAAUUAGAUGCCCAGAUAAACGAGGAAACGCGUCCGUACGAGCCUGACAACGCCGGUGAAUGAUGUUGUCCAGAUCCAGAUGAGUAUUCGUUCUCCAAAUCUCUCUCUCAGCCAUGGAGCUGUGGAUUAACAGAGGAAAAGAGAAUUCAUACAAAACUUAUCUGAGUGUAGUUUCAGGAAAUGUUUCUUAGUAAAUAUGAAUGAUCAUAUUCAUUCUCGUUCUUUUAUGAGUCUUGAAAAGCAUUUCAGAAGAAUGAUUUUAGUAUAAAAAACGUGAACGAGGAUUAAUAGAGAGAAAGGGAAUUUAUACAAAACAUAUCUGAGUGUGGUUUCAGGAGAUGUUUCUUAGUAAAUAUGAAGAUCAUAUUCGUUCUCGUUCUUUUAUGAGUGUGUCAUGAAAACACGUCUUGAAAAAGCAUUUCAGAAGAAUGAUUUUAGUAUGAAAAAGUGAGUGUCUUUUGUCUCUCUUAUAUGAAAAGCAAGACAGACCAUAUAUUACGCAAACCAUGCCUUCCUAGGAUUGUGGGAAGGGCUUGGCGUAAGCCGGCCGUAAUUCUAGAUUGCUAGAGGGAGUGCUUGUACCAAGAGGCUCCUCCUCCGGGAGGGGGUGGGGGUCAUCAUCUUCACCUACAAUGGCAGCCGGCUUCAAGUAGCAGACCGAGAACCCUUCCGGGCCACUCUGAAGGCAGAGCUGGUAUUAUCCUGGAAGGCCAGACCUGGAAGGAUGUCCGCGACUUGAGCGAGUUGAAACCGAAACUUCUCGGCGCGUGUUCGAAUAUAGGACCUGCAGCGGCCUCUGCAGGUUCGAGGUCGUUUGUGUUUUAGAAAUAGCCUCGUCAUGUGUUUGGGUGAAUACACGACCCUGGAAAACCACAACAAACUCUAGUAGGUGUUUUACGUCGCUAGCAAAGCGCCCUUACUCCACUCGUUAAACUCAUUAUGCAAAGUACAAGUUAUCUAAAGAGGAAGAAAAUGACCCUCCAUAUCCUAGCGGGCAUCAUUUACUGGAAGCUGAAGACCUUAUGAAGCCGUGAGCGAAACAAUGGCCAUUUUAUGACAAAAGCUUCCGUUUUUCUUUUGUUGACGAAUUCGUUUGUGCGUGCGAGACGGAAACAGCGCUGCUUAUGCUUGUGUGGUGUUUGUUAAUUAAGUCUUCACUCCAUUUAUGUAUAGUUGUUUUUUAGCCUUCAGUGAAGAACGCUACGAAAUAUGCCUGUGAAUUGUUGCGUGUCUCAUAUUCAAAUUAAGCAAUAAGGUACAUUCGUUAGACUUGACUUUAAAAAAUAAAAAAAAAGCAUAUCUCGAUGUUCAACACUUUCGCCUCAGGGGACAGACAGAACUGACUUAAUCCGUAGAUUCGUGUGACCGAGAAAGGCUUUUGGCACUGCUCAUUUGAGACGAGGAGACAAGAGGAGCAUCCCUCUCCCUCCGCUGAUGCUGUGGGAAUAUAGUAGAUUCCAUCUCCCGCAAGUGGAAUUCCGACCGCCAUGGUCCCCCACACUUCGAGUUCGAUAUCUACUACGUCGUUGCUCCUCCCGUCGAGGCCCUGGGUGUUGUGACGUCAUGAAUGGCACGGAUCUGGCGGGUGGGCUUGAGACUGACUUGAGUGGGGCUGCCCUCAAUGCCACCGGAGUGCCCUUCACGUUCGGGAACCUUAGUCUUUUGGCCCCUUCGGUUACUUCUAGCUGGGAAGGCGUGACCCUGGCCACGCUGCAGGUGGGCGUCCUCGUGGUGGGCGUGUUGGGUAACGUGUCCGUCGCGGCGUCGGUCUGGCGCCGGGGAUCGAGUCAACAGCAACAGCUGGCGGCCCAUCGCCACGCCCUCCUGCUCUCCCUGGCGCUGGCCGACCUCCUAGUCACUCUGCUGUGUCUGCCAGCCGCCACGACUAACCUCCUCUCCAUCAACUGGACCGCCCCGGGCAUCUUCUGCUCCCUCCUGUCGGCUGCCCAGAGCACGGCUCACGCGGCCUCCACUCUCUCUCUCUCCCUCCUGGCGCUGGAUCGCUACCUGGCGGUGCGAAGACCCAAGAUGGCUCCGAAGGUCUCGGCCGUAACGGUGCACCUGCUCGUCAUCCUGUGGGUGCUGGCGGUGCUGAUGGCGCUGCCGCGGGGCCUCAUGUCCACUCUGAGGGCCCCUGGGCCCGUGUGUGGGGAGGUGUGGCCCUCCCGCCUCCUGCGCAUCCUGUACUACACCGCCGUCGCCAUGUUGGUGCACCUGCUGCCUUGCGGAGCCGUCAUCGUCUGCCACGCGGCCGUCGCCACCUCCCUCAGGCGGCGCGGCGUCGACGACACCAAGAUGAACCUCCGCCCGCGCCAGGUCAUCAUCAUGGCGAAGGACUGCAGCGUGGGCGGCCCCAACAAUCACAAGAUCGUGGCGGCCUCCUCCAGCGGCGUCGACUCCGCCAACGAGGAGGACGGGGAGGAGGGGGAGAGAGCCGUCUUCGACUUGCACGGAGUCCAGCUCCCUCAGCUCCCGAGAGACGCCGGUCGAGGACGAGGUCCCCAGCCGCCCCCGCGCCCCGCGGCUGCGAUCAAACCGGCCAGGAACAUUCACACGAUCAUCCGCGCCCAUCGGCGGAUGCGAGUGCGGGGGCCCCCGACCGCCGCCUCCAUCUUCACCUCCUACCGGGGGCACUCCGUUGAAACUCGCAGAAGGCUGGCGCGCCUCCUCAUGAUCUUGGGAAUCGUGUUCGCCAGCUGCUGGUUGCCUUACAUCUUCGCGUUAAUGUUGUGGGCUUGGUGGGAGUGUCCCGCUACCCAGCACGCCAUGCAGGUGACUCUGGUUCUGGGCCACGCCCACUCGGCCAUCAACCCGGUGGUGUAUUGGCUCAUGAACCGCGCCUUCCUCACUUCCCUCCAUCGCCUCGUGUCUACUCAGCUGCGCUUCCCCGAAGGGUUCUCCUGCGGUGGAUGCACUCGCCCGGAUUGCCUCACGCGCCCUCCCGCGCCCCCGUGGGCUGGGAACUCCUCCACCAACGAGGACAACCUCGGAGCCUUCCACCCGAAAUACCUCAAUCCGCAUGCCCUCCGACCCCAAGCUUCGCGCUGCACCUCCCACUACUUCCACUGACGGCGCCCGUGCGUGGAUUCCCUCGACGUCGAGCGCCUGAAGGAGGUUGUCCCGUUCACCCUGCUACCUAAGGCUUCAAUCAUCUGCAAUCAUCGCGCCCCGUCGACUACUGCUUUCUGUUGCGAGGGUUUCAUGAGUAAGGUUUCCCUAAGCAAAACAAGGCUACGUUGCAGGAACCAUUAGACGUUAAGGAAUAUCAAGGUAGAUGUAAGAAUAUAUAUAU